UACACCCCUCGCCAACUCAACACCACAUCCGCAGUUUCCGCCUUGCUCUUACAUAGUCAAUUAAACGACCCCUCGAAAACCGCAUCCUCGAAGUGAUACGGAGACCGCCACGAUGUCUUCCAACUCGCUCAACUACCCGCUCCUCGCCAUCCCAGCCUACUAUGUCUUCUCCCUCGUCCCGCACAUAUAUGCCGCUAGCCUCCUCACAGCCAACGGCUACAAGAUCAACAACGCGAACCCCAAGGCAGCGUUGUCACCAGAUGCCGUGAAGGGCAAGGUGCCCGAUGCUGUCUUCAAAAAGUACCAACGCGCCGAGAACGCCCAGUCGAACAAUAUGGAACAAAUGCCCCUCUUCGCUGCCGCCGUUAUCGCUAGCAUCAUUGCCGAGCGCACCACCGCAACAGGAAUAGGACGAGAGGUCAUCUCAGGCGAUGCGACGGGCUUGACAACAUUCGUCACAGCUUGGUUUGUAGUCAGGGCAGCGUACUGUCUUGCGUAUGUACAAAUCGCGACUUACUCGAAGAGCAUGAUCAGAAGCGGCCUUUGGGCUAUCGGCAGUGGACUAGCAAUAUACCAGAUCUACAAAGCUGCCGCGAUCUUGGGCUAGAGAUCAUGGAUAAUGAAGCGGCAUGGUGAGCGCGAUGGACACGACAAAGACAAUGCUGGGACAAGAGCACGAGUUCAGGACUGCUCCUUAGAACCGAUAAGCAAUGAUAUCAGUUACUACUAAAUUCAGGUGUUCCGGCAACUGGAGGCUUCCAAUAUCGUAAUAUCAGAAGUAGCUUCUCGCCAAUGUAAUUUCGCGUCGCCGUCCCAAAACGAACAGGGUCCGAACACAAAGGCACCACG